AUGUUUGGUAUUCCUCUGUCCAUCAGUGCAGUUGUCGGAAAUGUUCUGAUCAUCGUUGUCCUUCACAAAGUGUCUUCUCUUCACCCGCCGUCAAAACUUUUGCUCGCUUGCCUUGCAUUCACAGAUUUGAGCGUCGGUCUUAUUGCACAUCCUCUUUUAUGUGGUCUCUUAUUUCCUCCAAAGCGCCUGAGUAGUUGUUCCAGGCUUUUGAUCGUUCUUAAUACGAGUUUUUUGUUUAGCGGUGUAUCUUUGUCAACGAUGACUGCAAUAAGUGUCGACAGACUUCUCGCUCUGUUGCUAGGGCUAGGAUACAGGCAAGUUGUAACUGUGAGGCGAGUAAAAAUUUCCAUCGUUGCUCUUUGGAUUUUGUGUUCCUCUGUCGUAAUGGUGGCAAUUUACAAUCGGCGCAUGGCUUUAGGUAUUUCCUCUGCAGGAUUAUUAAUGUGUAUAGUAAUAUCCACUUUCUGUUACACCAAAAUUUAUCGCACACUUCGUCUUUCUCAAGUACAAGUCCAAGACCAAAGUCACCGAGGACAGCCGAAUGAAGAAGGGACUUCACUAAACAAAGCGCGAUACAAAAAGACAGUGUAUUUACAUUGCGGUAUGUAA